CUUUCUAGCAGGCAAAGCUAUUUGUCUUUCAUUCUAUUUAUCUGUUCAUUGUUGUAACUGGUAUCAAAGCACCGUUGCCUUUAAAGUGCCUUUAAGGUGCAUCGUCAAAGCCAUGUUUUGUUAUGUAUUGCUUUCGUAUGUGCCUUUGUAAAUCUAUCUAUCAUCAGAACCUGUACGACUUGUCGGUUUUAUAACCUGACUGACUCUCUAACUGACUGUGGUUAGUAGCUAACAAACUGUCUAACUGCUAACUAACUGCUGCUUAACCGUGUAUGUGGAAUAAACCUUCAGAAAGACAGUCGAGUUGUGCCCGCCGUACUUGUUCUGGUUACCCUUUCCAGAGGGGAGUAUUGAGCUGGAAAGACCAACCAGCAGAAAUCUGGACAGUUAUAAAACCGUUGUUGGCAACGUAUCAGUGCAGUACGGACAGCCGAGCGGAGGACGACAAUCGUGGAGCACCAGGACGCUGGUGAAGCGAAUCAGUCGUGAAUUACUAAAGAGGAGAAGCUGGAACAGAAGAGCCAACGCAGCCGUGAAUAAGGUUGCGCACUUGGAAUUCAGAGCUCUUCUGGGCGAAGAGCCUCACAGAGGAGAAGCCGGAACAAAGAGCCAACGCAGCCGUGAAUAAGGUUGUGCACUUGGAAUCCAGAGCUCUUCUGGGCGAAGAGCCUCACAGAGGAGAAGCUGGAACAGAAGAGCCAACGCAGCCGUGAAUAAGGUUGUGAGGAUUGCACAAGGAACAAAGAGCUCUUCUGGGCGAAGAGCCUCACAGACUGUGACAUUGAGACGUCGACAGUUGGGGGCGUUGACAUUCGUGUGCCAAAAAGACGUGUCGUUUGCAAAGAACUGAAUCCUUUGAACAAGUCACUGGCAACGAACCAGAGAGUCAAAUCAUUUGAACAAUUCCGGAGUUCAAAGAACAAAAAUGGCAGACGACAAGCCAGACCUGGAAGACCUACAACGGAAGCGAUCAAAUGCACAGCGGAGCCUAACGACGCGUAUAAACUGCCUUAAUUUCAAAGCUGGUCGUCUAGGCACAGGAAAAUUGUCGCAAGAGUUGGCAGGGUUGGAAAACGACUAUGAUACUUUCGUCGGCGCCUGCAGUGAAUAUAUCGAAGAACUGGAACAGAUAGACUCAACGGACGACAACUGUGAGUUAAGACACACUCUGACAAAGAGGGACGCCAUUGGGCAAAGGUACCAUGAGACAAUGGAAAUGUUGUGGUUUAAGGAUGCUGAGCCAGAAAUAAGCACCCUUGUGGCACGGUUCAAUUUAGCUUUCGACCAGGCCGAGGUACUCGGCAGGAAAAGCGCACUACAGCGGUGUCAGCAAGAGGCCAGAAGGAAGGGACUGGAUCAAGAACUCCACGAACUCAGAGACACUGUGCAUGUUUGGAGAGACUAUCAGCCAUACGGGAAAGAAAAGUGGAGACUCCUUUUAACAUUGGAAAUUAAAAAGGAGGAACUGAUGGAUGAGUGGUCAUGCUGCCGGGAUAACAAACGGGGAGAUGGGCAUACCCGACCUGUAGCUCGUGCUAGUACCACCCCACCUGUUCGCACCCACUCGGCUAUUAGGCAGGGCACCGUAGCUGGCACCAGUCCCCCUCAUCAACCUCCUCAACAGCCUCAACAACCUAACUAUGGACCCACUGUCAGCUUUACUCAGCCUCCAACCCUCACCAGUACACCACCGAAGUUUCACACUGCUCCCACCAACACCAGCAUGGGACAAAGGGGAACUGUGCCCACCAGCAACUUUGGUACAGUCACAGGGGGAGAAGACAGCUCUCAGUGGGCCCGACCCAAAGCAAAGAUCACUCCGAUUAGCUUGCCUAAGAUUUCUGGGAGCAGGACGGCUGACUGGGAGAGUAUCCAGGCGCAAGUGGGUCCCACAGAGUCCUUUGAAGAGGAGCAGAAGAAACUGAAGGGUCAAGUGACAGAGUUACAGAAAGUAACGGAAGUCAAUGUCAAGAAGGUAGAGGAGCAGAGUGAACUGAGGGCCGAGAUGUCUGAGCUCAGCAGGGAGCUGAGCUCUGAAAGAAAUCAGGAGAAUCUCACUGAGCUUCAGUCUGACUUCUACCAGAAAGAGUCAGAAGAAGAAGAGUCCACUCUGCAUCAAGGCCUCAAGGCACCAGAAGAGACCCAAACUGCAGAGCUGCAGGGGACCUUGGUGCAAAGUCAGGAGAAUCUCACUGAGCUUCAGUCUGACUUCUACCAGAAAGAGUCAGAAGAAGAAGAGUCUACCCUGCAUCAAGACCUCAAGGCACCAGAAGAGACCAGAACUGCAGAGCUGCAGGAGACCUUGGUGCAAAAUCAGGAGAAUCUCACUGAGCUUCAGUCUGACUUCUACCAGAAAGAGUCAGAAGAGUCUACUCUGCAUCAAGACCUCAAGGCACCAGAAGAAAGACUGAGCUUAGCACAGGAGGACUUGGCUACCAACACCAGCCAACUCCUGCUAACCACACCACUGCUAACUCCAAACCAGACAGGUUUGGAGGCUCAGACAAAGGAACUGAAGAGAAGCCACAGCUCAUUGGAGCCAGAGCUCACUGAACAAGAGCAGAAGCACCUGGUGAUACUGCCUUUAGAGAGCAGACUUUCUGAGAAAAUGCUAACACAGUGGCUUGCGCAUGGGAGCAGCCCCAAGAACUAUGCCUUCCAGGGAAACCAUUUCGAGAAGCUCUUAUUGUUCCUGGCGCCUUUUCCUCCACAACACCUGUGGAGCAAAAAGGUGUGAUUCCUGUGAGG